CCUAUUUAAAGUUAAAUUUCCAGCAUAUUCCAUCUUGCCGUCCAACCUCACCCUUGCAUGUUAAAUAUACUCUCUAAUCUUACGAAUCCAGGUUGUUUUAUAAAGGGGUUCAUUUGGGUUUUGUCUAAUAGUUGGGGCGAGUUGGUUGCGUUAUUGCCUUCAGUCGCAAAGCGAUUUUUAUUCAUACGGAAACCUUCCAUUUAAAAGUCAAUGUCUUCCAGCAGUUUCCCACCUUAAUUAAUAAAGAUAGCUCUUCCUCAAAAUAGAAUCUCCUUUCCGUGCCAAAACAUCACUCCGAUUCAUUCAAAGCCCCUUUUGCAAAGUGGCUAUUCCUUUUUGCUUUGGAAUAGUUGUUGUUAUUGGAAACAUGGAUACGAGGCUUCUAUAUCAUGUCAUCUCAAACAGACAUUUCUGUUUUCUAAUUCUUGUGUCGUAUAUUGCAAUGAAUUGCUUGGAAGAAUUCAGCUGUGAAGCUCAAAUUAUACCAGAUGAUGAAGUCCAAGCACUAAAGCAGAUAUCUACAAAGUUAAAUGUUUUACAUUGGAAGAAUAUUACCCGAAACUCUUGCAGAAGUGGAGAACUAAACUCGAAUACAGACAAGUUUGGCUCCAAUGAAGAGAUCAUUAAAGUUGUGUGCGACUGUUCCUACAACUCAUCUUCCGUCUGCGAUAUCACAUAUAUACAGCUGAAACGCCUCCAAUUAACUGGAGAAUUACCUGAUGAUUUUGCAAAUUUGCCCUUUCUGCGAGAAUUAGAUUUAAAUGUCAACUUUCUUAGUGGGUCUAUUCCUAAGGCUUGGAAAGUUAUCCCACUGGUCAAUCUGUCUCUGUUGGCAAACAACAUUAAUGGGUUAAUUCCAAAGGAAAUUGCUGAUAUUGUUACUCUAGAAUAUUUGGUGUUGACAGAUAAUCAGCUUGAAGGACCCCUUCCUCCAGAGCUUGGAAAGCUUACAAAAUUGAAAACAUUAGCUAUUUCUGGGAACAAUUUCACAGGAGCUUUACCUGCAACAUUUGCUAAUCUGAAGAACAUGGUAGAUUUUAGGAUAGCUGGGACUAGUAUCUCUGGGAAUAUACCUGAUUUCUUUGGGAAUUGGACGCAACUUAAUGAGCUGGAUAUACGGGGUACAUCAAUGGAGGGGCCCAUCCCUUCCACCAUAUUCCACCUGCAGAAUUUAACAAAACUGAGAGUGUCAGACUUAAAGGGACCAGACAUGCCCUUCCCAAAUUUCCAGGAUAUGAACAGGAUGUCCCAACUGGAACUUAGAAAUUGCCUGAUUAAGGGUUCAAUCCCAUCAAACAUUGGAGAGAUGAUGCCUCGACUAGUGAGACUAGACCUGAGCUUCAGUAGACUUACAGGUGACAUUCAUAACCUGCAAGAAAUUCCAAAUCUAAAGUACCUGUAUCUCACCAACAACCAACUGACUGGACAAAUCCCGCUAUGGAUUACAAACGCUAAGCAGAACUUUGACCUAUCAUACAAUAAUUUUAUUGGACCAUCUCAGUCCGGUUGUCAGGAUUCAAAUUUAAUUGCUUGGUGCUUGAAGAAGGACCUACCCUGCAGCACAACAUCCAAAUAUUCUUCCUUUAUCAUUAAUUGUGGUGGCUCAGAGAUGACUAUUGGAGAUGAGAAGUAUGACGCCGAUGUAUCACCAAUGGGCCCAUCGUCAUUUUACUCCUACAAUGAUAAAUGGGCUUGCAGUACUACGGGGGAUUUUAUCGUACCCUUACUCAAAGGCAAACCUAAUUAUCUUGCUCAAGCGAGCCCAAACAUAACAGUUACCGACUUAUACAUGACGGCUCGUAUAUCACCUCUCUCACUCAAGUACUAUGGCAUCUGUUUACGCCCAGGAAACUAUAAAGUGAAGCUUCACUUUGCUGAAAUAAUGUUCCCAAUCGACAAAAUAGCUUCUGACAUUGGGACACGCAUAUUCGAUGUAUCAAUUCAAGGUAAAAGAUACUUGAAGGAUUUUAAUAUCGAAGAAGAAGCAAAAGGUGUUGGGAAGAGCAUCAUUAAAGAGUACGAUGUUGAUGUUACUACUAGCACUCUAGAGAUUCACUUAUACUGGGCUGGGAAAGGAACUAUUUUCAUUCCAUCCGAUUUUGCAUACGGUCCUCUUAUUUCAGCUAUUGCAGUCACACCAAAUUUUGUUCUUGACACGGGUCACAUAUCUGUUGGGGUAAUUGCCGGCAUUGUAGCUGCUUCAUUUGUUCUAAUCAUAUUGAUUCUGACCAUUCUUUGGAAGAAAGGUUACCUUGGAAAAGAGGAUCUUGAGGACAAAGAACUCAGAGAGCUAUUGCAGACGAGUUACUUUACUCUAAGAGAAGUUAAAGCAGCAACCAAGAAUUUUGAUCGUGCAAAUAAAAUUGGUGAAGGCGGGUUCGGUCCGGUUUAUAAGGGACUUCGCCCAGAUGGUUCACUGAUUGCUGUCAAGCAACUCUCUGCCAUGUCAAAGCAAGGAAGCCGCGAAUUCGUGAAUGAGAUUGGCAUUAUUUCUGCUUUACAACACCCUAAUCUCGUGAAGCUUUUUGGCUGUUGUGUUGAAGGAAACCAGCUUCUGGUAAUUUACGAAUACAUGGAAAAUAAUAGUCUUGCCCGUGCUCUAUAUGGUCGUGCUGAUCAACGACUGAACUUGGACUGGCCAACAAGGUUCAGGAUAUGUAUGGACAUUGCCAAAGGUUUAGUAUAUCUUCAUGAAGAAUCAAGGCUGAAAAUUGUGCACAGAGACAUAAAGGCAACUAAUGUUCUUUUGGAUAAGGAUUUCACCGCGAGGAUAUCUGAUUUUGGUAUGGCUAGACUUGACGAGGAGGAGAAAACCCACAUCAGCACACGUGUUGUGGGAACUUUAGGCUAUAUGGCUCCUGAAUAUGCAUCAAGUGGUCGCUUGACUUACAAAGCAGAUGUUUACAGCUUCGGAAUUGUCGCAUUAGAGAUCGUCAGUGGAAAGAGCAACACAAAAUAUAUGACAGAUGAUGAGUACUUCUGUCUUCUUGAUUGGGCAAAUGCACUAAAAGAGCAAGGAAAUCUCCUUGACCUUGUUGACCCCAUUCUGAAGUCAAACUAUUCAAAGAAAGAAGUUCUGAGAAUGUUAAACAUAGCUCUAUUAUGCACUAACCGAUCUCCUACUCUUAGACCAAUGAUGUCUACCGUCGUGGACAUGCUUAAAGGUCGACUGCCAGUCCAAGAAUCAUAUGUGGUAUCUAGUGCGAGGACAGAUGACACGAUGUCCAGUGCCUCUGCCUCUGAAGGGAUUUCGUAUGAUGCCCAAAUACAUACCUCAACCUCUUCGCAAGGGAGUAGUACUCUAUUGGAGAUGACUAAUUCAACAGUGGAGGAUCCAUGGCAAGCUGAUUCCACAAUUUCGACUUACUACAGUACAAAAAAAGAAGAUGUAACUAGAGGACAUUGAAGUGGCUAAAUUCUCCCUGGUCUUAGUUAAUAUUGAUUUAAACUCAUUUUUUAUUUGUAAAUUAGGGGUGGCAAGAAAAAUUCAAUUUUAAAUACGAAAGACAAAAAUAUUCCAACUUUUGAUUUU